CUAGAGGCACUCCCGAGAACACAAACAAGUCGCGAAUGAUACGAUUUUCUGCGCGCCGAUUUACUUAUAGGAACCGGCAGAACAGUUGAUUCCGAUCUUGAAGCGACGCGAAACCCAGCAGGCACGGGGGCGAGAGAUGACCGCGCUGCGUAGCUUGUGAAGGGGGGAAUGCUGAGUGGGGUGACAGCAAGAUGGCAGGAUGACAGCACGGGGUCUCAAGUGACCCCGCCGUAUGGGCCAUGCCGUCCUUCUGCAUCGAUGGGAACGUUGUGGGAACUGCUCGAAGCCGGCCGUGAAGGCUCUCUGUAUCACUGAUGAUUGGCGGGGAGGGCAAUCAGGUGAUGCGCAAUCAGUGGCCCCCCCGUCCGGCUUAUCUAGAACGUCACGAGCGACAGUCACGUUUCACGCUCUUUCCGCUCGCGUGCCAAACCCCCGUGUUUUUCACAAAUCCCUAGAACUUCCGAGCGGGAACAUCGUAUGGAGGAAGAACCUGUAUCGUUCCUCAGGCAGAGGACCGUGUCCCAGAAGCCGGCAGCCCCGGGCAAUGAGCAGCAUCAGCAGCAGCUGCCUCCGUCACCUAAAGAUGCUCACGGCAAAGACGAUCAAGUCGUCUGGGGGAAGACGCCCUCCGGCGAAGUCUUCCGGGUCCCAACCACCCACGACGUGCUGACGCUCUUCAACCCCACGUACCCCAAGAGCCACUUCGAUCUCCUGAACCUCGUGCUGCUGGGCUCCCAGCUCGCGCUGUUCCUACUCCUCCCGACCCGCGUCGCCAAGAUCUUCUUCUUCUGCUACUUCGCGUUCUGGCGCGCAGCCUACGACGCGGGGCUCGGCUGGGUCCUGACGAAGCAGAGCAAGAAGAAGUGGAUCGUGCGCGAGGUGCAGAAGUACGGCUGGCUCGACCCCGCGCGGCGCCCCGCCGCCCGUGAAUGGAUCAAGCGGCAGCUGGUGGGCAAAAUGGGCAAGGAUUAUUCGUUCGACGAAUUGCCAUUGGAAUACAACACGUGGCUGCUCUUCCGCCAGGUGGUCGAUGUCAUUCUCCUCAAUGACUUUCUCGCAUACUGCAUGUUCGCGUUCUCGUGCUUCCGCGUCCCGGACGGAUUGACCAUGUCGAUCCACAUCUUGCGAUGGAUCGGCGGCUUCUUGCUGAUCGGCUUCAAUCUCUGGGUCAAAACCGAGGCACACAAUGUCGUAAAGGACUACGGCUGGUACUGGGGCGAUGUCUUCUUCCAGCGCGGUGCGCUCGUUUUCGACGGCGUGUUUGAGUUGGCUCCGCAUCCGAUGUACUCUGUCGGCUACGCGGGUUAUUACGGUCUUUCUCUCAUUGCGGGCAGCUAUUCUGUACUCUUCGUCAGUCUGGCCGGGCACGCCGCCCAAUUCGCUUUCCUCGUCGGCUUUGAGAACCCGCAUAUUGAGCGAUUGUAUGGUCAGAGAAAGCCGAUUGCCAAACGCAUUCCGGUGAAGCCUCGCGAGAGCAGCGCUGCUGACGUCCCCCUUCUCGAUCUGGACGAUGACCUAAUCCCGACGCCCUCUGUGACAGAGGGCGAGACAGCUUCGGAGACCGAGCUGGAGACGGAGACCGAGGGUGAAAUGGAAGACGACACUGCGACCAGCCGCCGACCCGGACACUUCCACAAACCCUCCAUCGGGAGCACGAUCUCGUUCGAGGACAAGCCGAAAGCGGUGUCGCAGCACGACCUGCUCACCAAAUACUUCCGCCGGGACACGAUCAUCCUCAAGAACUUUGACUUGCUCCGUGCGAAUGACGUCACUCUAGCCCUAAUCCUAGCCUACUCCGUCGCGUUUUCGGUGAUGCCCCGUCUUUCCGACACGGCGGCGCUGGCCCUGCAUUUCGCGCACGCGCUCGCGUGGUCGCUCGUGCACUGUCUGGGGCUGGGCGCGCUACUGCGUGCGCAGAGCCAGAACAAGUUCCUCGUGCGGCACUUCAUGAAGCACUACCACUACCCCGCGAGCGACGCCGGCCGCGGUGCGAUCGUCGAGGCGUUUGCGAACUGGAAGACGAUGUACAACCUCACGCUGUGCAUGUCGUAUGUAUCGUUCGUCGGCGUCGUGUGGCAAACCUAUGCGAUCCCUGGGGAUUGGACCGUUGGCGUGGAGCUCCUCAGGCAUACCGUGGGAGCACUCCUUGUUGGGCUGCAUCUCUGGGCUGCGCUCGAAUGUUUCGAAGUGCUGGGUGUCUUUGGCUGGUUCUUUGGUGACUUUUUCAUGGAAGAGUUCCCUGCUCAUCUCGAGUACACGGGUAUCUACCGGUACCUCAACCAUCCCGAGAUGAUGGGGGCUGCGUCCUGGUUCGGUCUGGCGCUUGUCAGCGGUAACAAACUGGUUCUUGCGUUGGCUGUCAUCCGGCACCUUUCCCAGUGGUGGUUCCUCAUCUUUGUCGAAAACCCCCACAUGCGCAAGUUGUACGGGGACUCGCUGCGCAAAGACGCCGGAUUCGUCAAAGUGAUCAAGGGUGUUGCCAGCAAGAACGCGCGGCUGCUCCAGAAACGGGCCCGACCCGAGCUCCGCCACGUAGCCAAAGUCGUCAAGGAGGUCAAAGGCACAUUCGACAAGGUCUACGAGGAGACGGCUGACGUGGUCGAGGAAUUUUUGGCCAAAUCCAAACCGCGAUUCUCAGAGGUCGUGCAGGACACCAAAGUUCUGCUCCAGCAGUCCCGAGAGCGGCUUGUCAUCACGCGUGUCGCGAAUAACAUUGACACGAUCGACGCGUCCAAGUACCACUUGACGGCGAUCCCAAGUCUCGAUGGCUCGUUGCGCUUCCACCUCGGAGAACCCGUACAGUUCAAGUGGCAGGCACCGACCUCGCAUUCGCGCAAGGAUUGGGUCGGCAUCUACCGUAUCGGCGCAAACAAGUCGACGCUUGUGACACGCACCAGCUCGAUGGGUCUGUGGGUUCCGGUGCACGGCGAGGAAUGGGACGGGGAUGUGCCGCUGGGCAUCGUCAGCUCCGGUGCCGGGAGCAGCGCCUCGGAUGUCCAAAGCGGGAUGAUCACGUUCAAGGGCGACACACUUCCCUGGCUUGCCGGUCGGUAUGAGGUCCGGUAUCACCAUGACGGAAAGUAUAACGUCCUGGCCUCGGUUGCUCCGAUCGAGAUAUACGUCGAGAAAUCCGCCGAGCUGACCUUCACCUCCGUCCGCGAGAACCUGAUGCACAUCGUCCCGCUCUGCUUGGACUCAGACCCGUCCCUCAUCCCUGCUUCCUGCAAAACGUCCAUGACGCCGACUGUCUCAUCGGCAUCAGGCGACGACGAUCGAGACCCGGACGACUUUACAUUCUGGUCAGAGCGCCAGGCAAAGCGGAUCUGCAGCGCAAUUGAGCAGACGUUCGGGGUCGAGUACGCGCCGGAGGUUGUCGUGGCCGACGCUAAUCUAUCGGCGUUGGCGAGGCGCAUUUUACAGUCCAAGGAGAUAUUGAUGGGUUCCGGUCCGGCCGACCAUACUUGACGCGUGCGGAGAUUCGACAAAUGGCGAGGGGGGGAUCUAUGUGGGGUAGUUUAAUCUUUCGUAGGAGUUGAAAUAUCGUUGUUUGGUCGUAGUGUGGAGAGAACGCCGAUACUGGAUGCUCCACCCGGGACGAGGAAUCGAUUUGUCUCGGACAGGGGCAACCAUCACUGCGCUCGUGACUGCAAACAACUCAUUGCAUCUUAUCUCAAACUUCCACGCAUCCUCGUUUUUCGCACUAGCUGUCCCCUUAUCACCAGCACUCCGCUCGCCUUACAAUCCAGCAACAAUGAACAAGUCCCAGUUUUAUCUUUCGCAGUGCAAGGAUUCUGCCGCUAAGUCCCUCAUGUAUUACCGCCUCGGCGCCGUUCUCGUGAAGGGCGGCAAAGUCAUCGCGACGGGCUACAACCACCAGCGGCCGAAGUACGACACGCCCGGGACCGGCCGGCCGCUGUCCAUGCACGCGGAGAUGGCGUGCAUCGCGAACGCGACGCGUGGCCGGGCGCCCGCGUUCAAGCAGCAGGUUCAACCGCGCCAGGGCUGUGCGGGCGCAGCGACAGCAUCGGACGCAGCAGCGACAAAAACAACAACACAACCACAACCACCGGCGCUACAAUCAAAACGACUACAACGAGCAGCAACAGCAGAACGCCGAUCCGAGUCAGAGUCGCGUCGUGCCGUAUCCGUCGACGCCGAGUCGUGCUUUUUAUCAGGCGGGUUAUCAGCGCGGCUGUCAUCACGAGCGUGAGGGCGGGCGGCGUGUGCAGGACGGGGGAUGGCGCGCGGUACGGAGGCAGCCGACGCGUGUCUCGUCGAGGGCUGACGGCGCGGAUCUGUACGUGUGCCGCUUGGCGCGGAACGACGGGUUCGGGUGCGCGAAACCGUGCUGGCGGUGCAUCGAAUGGUGUGUCUGGGCAGGCGUCAGGCGGAUUUUCCAUUGGAGCACGGACGAGGGACGCUUCGUGUGUGUCAAGGUCGGCGGUGCGGCUCAGGAAGACUACUACGAGACUGUAUCUGACUUGCGUGGCUUGUCGCUGGGCCGCGAUGGAGCUUGAGAUGAGUCUACUGUACACAAUCGAUCCUGAUGGUGCUGUGUACGCCGGAGAUCCUCCGUUGGUGGCGGCACUCAAUCUGAGUGAUCAGCGCUUCACGAAGGACUUGAGCUGUGCGACCUUUCCGACGUCGCGGCACGUCAAACUGUAUCGCGUCCCUCGCGUCAAGGCACCACCAUUCGCCAACACCUCGCGCGUUGCUGCAUCGGUCACCCUCUCCCAGUUGGCGAUCGGACUGCCGAAAUCAGCUACACCUCCCGCCGUGAAUCUGUCUUCCUUGAUCUCGUGUAUCCUGCGCGUUCGUUGUUCUAGCAUUCCGAGCCGUGCAUGAGAGGAGCACUUACGAAUGCAGAUGAUUCGAAUAGAGCGAGUCCGUGGAGAUCACCACCGACCUCGGCUCGAGAAGGAGCGAGAGGACAGGCGUGGGGUCUAUGCUCCGCCCUCCGUGAGACUCGGGCAGCGUGUAUCGAUAGUAGUGGAAGACGCAGUGGGAGUUCAGCGAGAUCGUCGCCACCGCCGGGUGGUAGGCCGGGCCGUCUUCGUGGGGCUGCAGCUGUCGAUUAGACAUGGAGGGAGGUGGAAGGCACGGUCUACCAUGAUCCCUGCGCGCCGGACAGUCAGAAAGAAUAGAUGCGGGCAGCCACCCCAGCGUGCCGUACCUUGGCCUGGCUCAUACUAUGUACGCACACGCACACACGCACGCACACACCUCAACCGUCAAACAAGAUCUCAACGACACAAAGCAGACAGGGCACGAACUUCGUUCCUGGAGAAUCGUCAGCGUGCGUCUGCGAGGGAUCGGUCGAAGGCACUAAUGACAUGAUGAUGUGAUUCGGUUUCGCGUGCGGGGAUCCGUGGAAGACGCCGGUCUGCUGCAGCCGGUUGAUGAUAUCGGGGCUGGUUGCAAGAGACGUGAAUCGCAGUGCAGCACCGGGGGAGGGGGGAGGGGGAGAAUAUACGCUUACUAGGUUUCCACGAAUGAGGGCAUCGGCUGGGCGACGAGGACGUUGUUCGACGUUAAUUCGCCUCCUGUCCCGGCUGCGUGAGCUCGUCCAUUUGUCCUGUGACAGCCCGCGGACUCGUACCCCACAGCUGGAGCCUGUGGCCCCGACAUCAACGCGGCUGCCAACUUCCAAGAAAAGCACGCGCCGCACCUGCGAUUGGCCAGCUGCUUCCACCGCUGGGCUGGGGAAUCUCGAAUCUGAUGAGCGCUCUCGUAAAUACUGGGGCCCAAGUGCCGGACGGAAGCCAGGCGCUACUUUGCGGAUGAGAUACGCCUCUUCGCCCUCCUGCCGGUGGUGAGACUCAGGACAAGAUGCGCCUUCUGCACGACACGGAACUGACAGUGAUGAAUUCCGGGAUGUAGAAACAUGAGUCCGAGCCAGGGAUACGGUAACUCGAGAGAUCGAAGCGCUCGGACGCGCUCAUGGUGGUGGUGGUGAUCAUCGGCUGAUGAGGAGCGCGUUAUUUGCGCGUGCUGUGUUGGCGAUGGGAAUGGGGGGGAUGCACGCGUGAAACUGUGGAUCUCAGUCCUGUCAAGUCUGUCUGAAGAUUAUCUCAUGCUCUUCCACGUUGCGGUGAUUAAACUCGCACUGCCGGAGUGGGGCGAUGUGGAUAGGAUUUCCUCGAUCUCACGGGUGAUUGACCGAGUGAAUCGAUGGCAAAUUGGCUGAGGGCCUAGAAUGUAUUAACUCUAUUUUGUGCGACGUCGAGUCGCGGGACAAUAUGUAGAUAGCCUUUCUACCGCCACAUCUAGUGCAGCACGAUUAUCGGCGGCUGGUUAUUUUGAUGCUUGGGCCGAGCUUCGAGGUAAGUGUUGAGUGAGCACGGGAGAUGACGCAAUAUUUUACAGGGGCCUGCUUACACUGGGGUAUACGCGCAGGGUUGAUUCCGUUUUUCGCAGUUGGUGCAGAGAGGUCUCAGACCAUCUGGAUGCUGACAUCAGGGGGGGGACUAGGGAGCAGGACAUGGACAGUUCCCGCACCGCAUUUUAGUUUGCGAGCUGCAGAAUGAGAGCCAACUGACAGGCCAUCGCUGUGCGACGAGGGGUGCGCGGGCUGUCGUAUGCGUCGUACUGGUACACAGCGUAGUUAUCGGGCUAGUGGACGAGGGUGAAUUCGAUAUCGGGGAUCGUCUUGAGUGCGCGGAACGCACCUGCAGCGAAGACAUUUUGAAUCGCGGGUGGCGUGUCGAGUUGGGAAGGGAGAGGCGAAGAAAGUUUCGCAGGCGGCUGACUCGAGGGUGAGAGCUGAGGAUGGGGGUGUAUUCCACAUUUUGGCGGGUUUAUAAACGCGAAAAGUUUGUCUGUGUAUGACAACCUCGCUGGUUAUCAAUGUUGGAGCUUAAGGAAUCUGAAUUUUCUAUUGGGGACCUGUCUUCAGGAUUCUACGAAAGAGGGUUAUAGCGCGCUGUGUCACAUUUUUUGACAAUCCUGUGCAUCAAUCUCGGAGGCACUUGUCCUAUUCGGGUAAUUGAUUUGCCUAAAGCGCCCACAACGAGUUUCGUCCAGUGUUUAGCACGACGAACAGUCGGUAUUCGCAUUGAAAUUCCCCUGAUGAUCUGGGAACCAUUCCAAGUCAAACGCUGGUUGGCUCAGGCGAAUACCCUGGGCAAUAUCGUCUCGCAGUCUGCGAUGAACACGUUUUCAAUGUUGAUGGUUUCGUCAAUUUCCGAAAAGGGUGCUAUCACGCAAUGCCGGAUUGAGCUGAGAAUACCGUGAGGGCCCAUCACACCUAAUCAAGAGCUUCGGACGCGUGGUGGAUGCAAUCAGUCCUCGCGCUCGAUUUCCGAUCUCUUCAAAGAUUCCAGGGCCCAAUGCAUCGCGCUGUUCUCGGAGCCUGUGGGAGGCCAUACUCGCCGGAUCCUAUGUCGCAAUCCACGAAACGAAAGGAGAAAGAAAAACAAGACGACGUCAGUCGGGUCCUCACCAUGUACAUACAGACUUACUUAGCCUGGGUGUCAGGGUCGAUGGUUUGCGAGCGCCCUAACUUCGAAAUAGCCGAAAUGGACUACGCGACUCCCAUUGAUUCAAACUGAUCGUGGUAGCCUGAGCGUUUAGACUACUUAUGAAAUCAAACACUUAAUACCUGUCCCAUACAGGCUGCCCCGGAAAAUUUCAGAGGUUCACGGGAUUAUCUCGUAGUGAAACAGCUAGUGGUGUACGAUGGAGA